GCCUUUGGUUGUUGCCGCUUUUAUCUUCUGGAGUGUUUUCGGGUAGCAGCUUCAGGUCUAUCAAGGUAUUGUUGCUGAAGAUGACAGAUUGGAUUCUGAUUUAACACCGUUUCCAAGUUCUUGUCCACUUUUUUUUAAGGGGGGAAACCCAUUUAAAAAUGGCAACUUUGCCUAGUACAUCUGCUGGAGCUCCACCAUCACUCUCAGAUCCAGGAGUGGCUGUGUGGGAGUGGCAGGAUGAGUUUGGCAGGUGGAGGCCAUACCGAAGUAGUGUGUGUAGCUACAUUGAGCAAUCUUUCCAGGUUCUGAUGGUGAAAGGCCGGCGAUCAGUGGGAACUUGGCCCGUCAAUGGCAGCAUACCCUUGGGACAGGCUGACUCAACUCUGGCCCCCUACAUAAUUGACAUACCAAGUCUCACCCAGUUCCGGCAAGAUACAGGGGCCAUGCGGGCUGUGCGCAGACAUGUCUUCCAGCUCGAUUCGGCUGCUGGACAGGGAGUAGUUUGGGAGUGGCAGAAUGAUGAAGGAAGCUGGUUUCCAUACGAGAUGAAUGUUUGUGUCUAUUUGGAGCAAGCUUUCUCGCUCAGUAGCCUUCAGGUGGAUCUUGGGCCCUUUGGUUACAAUUAUGGGAUUGAUUUUGUAUCACUGACCCAGACUAACAAAACCACUGGGUACCAGCGAAGAAUCCGCCGGUGUGUGGACUCUCCGUACCCAGUAGCCACAGCCACAGGACCUCCUCACACUGGACCCACAUGUUCAUGCCAACAGUGCUUGUCCAGUAGUGGAACUGGCCCCAUAACCUCACGGUAUCGGCACUCAAUGGUGAACCUUCCUGGACUCUCAACAGGAAUGACUCCCAGAUUCCUUGCUGGAAUACAGGGGGCCAACAGAACCUCAGGACUCGGUGCUUCUCUGGUGGGCUUUGUGCCUUAUACUAAACCAGCCCUCUCUGGAGCAAGAUCAAUGCCGAGACUGAGCAUGCAGAGUGCAGGGCCAGCAUCACAAUCUGCAGCCAUUGGUGGGUCCAGCCCGGUGAAUGCGGCAUCCAAAGGAGUCAGUGUACCAAAGUUACCAGUGACCAUGCCCAGACCCAGCAAAGUGAAUGAAGCUCUGGCAGGCAUGAUGGCCUUUCUGAUGUCAGUCCCUGGAUUUCCUGUGCACCUCACCCAAGCGCCUCAGCCUGCCCGAACCCAUAGAGCCUCUAAAAAACUCUGCUCACUUAAGGAAAGGAGGAGAGUGGUCACCAAAGAUGGCAGGAGCAAUCCAGAAGAGGUUGUGAAGAAGUAUUUGGAGGAGCUGAAGACACCCCCAGUUGAUGAGGACUGCAUCAUCUGCAUGGAAAAAUUGGGUGCCCCUUCAGGGUACAGCGAUACCAGUGAGAGCAAGACAAUCCAACCUGGAAGUGUGGGGAGGCUGGCCAAAUGCACCCAUGCCUUUCACCUACUUUGUGUGCUGGCCAUGUAUACCAGUGGCAACAAGGAUGGCAGUUUACAGUGUCCCUCUUGUAAGGCCAUCUAUGGUGAGAAAACAGGCACACAACCCAGUGGCAAGAUGGAUGUUUACCAGCUCUCAGAGUCUCUUCCAGGGCACGAGAACUGUGGAUCAAUACAGAUUGCAUACUGUAUCAACAAAGGCAUUCAGGGCCCGGAGCAUCCCAACCCAGGGCUGCCAUACACUGCACGAGGGUUCCCACGGUAUUGUUACCUACCUGAUAAUGAGAAGGGACGAAAGGUGCUGGAACUCUUAAAGGUGGCUUGGAGAAGGCGCUUGAUCUUCACAGUGGGAACAUCCAGCACAACAGGCGAAAGCAACACUGUGGUAUGGAAUGAGAUCCACCACAAGACAGAGAUGACCUCCAAUGUCUCAGGCCAUGGCUACCCAGACCCUAACUACCUUGACAAUGUGCUGGCUGAGCUGGCAGCUCAGGGGGUCACAGAAGAUUGCCUGAGUCCAUGAGUUUAGCCUCCAUCCUGGGUUAGAGCUGCAGUAAACAGCGGAGUUCGUCUUCUCCUUGACUAUGGGUGCCUCUCUGUGGAGGGCGGCAGCAGCGGCAGCUACAGAUCCCCACCUCUGUUGCCUUAUGUUUGCUUGCCCUUUUGCUGAGCAAUAACAUGGUCUCUGGGAUUGCCCAGCAUGACUGUGGGGAGAAAGUACAUACAUGCAUACAUACAUAAUGAUGAUCUUUUAAGGGCAUUUACAGUCCUGAUGCAGGUUGAUUGUAUACAAUGAAACCUUCUCCCUCUAGCCAAAAUGCAUAAAAGGAGAGUGGCUUAAUCCUCACAUUGUCUCCUUCCAUAUGUGGUUGCAUUUGCAUGGGGGUUGAAAAUAUGCCAAGUGGCAGGAGGUGAGGGAAUAUUCUCUACUGUUUGUUCCUUCUCACUUUCCAUCAAGAAUCAGACGCUGCUUUGAGGCAGAUCUCUUGGAAAGGAUGAGUUUUCCCUACUUUAGUGCUUGAACAGAAUCUUGUCAGGGACAAAAGCAAUAUCAGAAUCUGAAGACAUAUAGUUAGCUUUCCACAAUUUACUAUCAACGUCUGGUAGAGUAUGGCUAUGACUAUCCCAGAUCGUACCAUAGCAGAUGGUAUCAUGUAGCAUCUUUGAUUUUAAAAGAGAGCUAAGUAGGGUUGGACCUGAUUUGUGCUUGGAUAGGAGGCCAGGAUGAAGUCCCAGGUCUGUAAGCUAGUCUGGGAAGUUGAAAAAAAAAUCCGAGAAGGAAUUUCUGUUCUGCCACCAAGGAAACUACUUGCAUGUGGCCAUGAGUUCAUCAGGAAUUGAGUCUGACAUAGACUUUCUAGGUUUCUUUCUAGUCAGUGGCCACACUGGCAACAAAAGGGAUAGAAGUUGUAAUCUACCCACCAGAAGGCAUCAGUUUGGGAAGACCAAUAUGGAGAACUGAGUUUUAAGCAGGGAACUGCCCCACAGGGACCAGGUGUUUGCAGUAUCCCUAGAUGGCAUCUGCAGUUCCCCAAAUAACAUUCAAAAAUUAAUUCAAAAAAUGUAAAUGGAGCCACAUGAGCAUUAAGCUCUCUCAUGCAAACUGUUGGGUGUUCUCGCCUGAAAUUUUGUGGAUCUCAUAUGGUUUGGUAAACUCAAGGUUGUGAUGAUUUUCCUUCUGCUGUUCUUUGGCGCCUGUGGUAUCAUGCAAAACUGCACAGCAGUGACCUGCACUUGAAAAUAUUGCUAGCUUUUGAGGCAUUGUCCAGAAUUCCAGAAUUUGUCAGGAUCAACUAUCUUCUUGUUAUAUCAGGCCCUCUAAAAUAGACUGUCAGUGUUCCCAUUUUACAGACCUUGGAGUGUGCAGUCAUCCAGCAAGAUCACAGUUGGGUGUGUUUAAAUUUAGAAGCUGUUUGUUACAGCUUUAAGACUAAAAAUUUUGAAUAAUUAUGCUUUAUAUAAUUGGAGAAUUAAUCUUUUUUUUAAAAAAAAUUGUACCAGGAAAAACUGGAUUCUGUAACUUGCAUAAAUUCUUCAAACUGGAUAGCUUUCUAUAUUUUGCAUAAUCCUCUGCUGCUUAUUUUGUUAGUCAUGGACAGAAGUAAAGACUUAGGCAGAGUCCUGCAAUACAUUUUAUACAGUUUCA